AUGUUGAUAUCUCUCUCUACCUUUGUGAGCCUUGCUGCUCUGGUUGCAACAACCACUGCAAGCACAUCUUGCAUGGGUAGUAUCUCUCACGAUACUAUUGCGUUCUUUAGCGGAGCUGCUUUGACAUUCGGCUCUAACUAUACCGAUGCAUCGGAUUGCAGCCUGAAAUGCUCGACCAUUCCUGCAUGCCGUACCUGGCUCUUCACCAGCGGUGGCCAGUGUGAACUUUUCCGACACUCUCCCGUGGCUACAGCAGCCAACCCAAAUUUUUCCUACGGUGUCUGCAGGCAGGGGAAUGACUCUUCUCUUGAUGCUUGGCUUUCACACGCGGCCUCAUCUUCUCAUCCUAUACAGUCUCCAACAAUAUCCUUAUCUGCUGCUCGCAUAUCCAAUCUAGCGCCUGCCCAUAAUCAUAUGCUAUGGGUCCGCCGUCUGCGCACGUCCGGCCGAAACGAGACUUCCGUCAUAACACCGAGACAUCAUCCCAGCGGCGCACUACUAAAAUACCUGGUCAUUCCGUCGGUCUCUUCCGCCGCCAGUUUAACUAUUGAAAAGCUAGCCUACGGCGCUGUUCCUUUUGGAUCGGGUCCACUUCGUGUUCCGGGCUUCAACGGGAUCCCCCUGGAGUAUGAGUUCGAGAUCGGCCAGCGCUUCACACACGGGGCACGAGAGAAUACGAAAAGGAAACCUCUCAGGCUGACCGCACCCGAAGUGAAUAUGUUGCGACUCAUGGAGCGCAUUACUGAUAUUCAAAACUGGGACCAGGGGGUCUUCGAUGAAGAUACUCUCUCCGCAUGGCAUGCACAGGCAAUCUCCUGCGCAAAUUUCAACUCUGACAUGGAUCUGGAUGUCGACAUGGACCUGGUGACUACGAGAGCAUGGCUCUGGUGUGUUGCGGAGCUACAAGAUAAGGCCAGAGCAUUUCGUGACACUGGCCACGUUCUUGUCCUCAAUUCCGACUCUGGCGUUUGUAAAGCCGAUCGAGAUGUGACAGGGACCCUGGUGCAUCAACUCCAGGAUGCACUUAGUCAAAUUCCCAAGUGUAGCACGCAUGAUUUGGUGGACCCGUCACUCCACAUGCUUAUCUACGGUCGGACGACUGUUCUCAGUCAUGGUGGUCGGGUUUCUCUUGGAGAGAUUUCUAACCUGUAUCCUCCCUCCGACCGGGGACAGACGGCACCAGUGCCAGAUCAUCCCCUGACUAAGCUUGGACCUUUUCCCCAAGUGUUCAGUCAUCCCAGCGUUAAAUUCAAAUGCCGACAAUACUCCUCCUGCUAUCAAUGGCUACCUUGCGACGUUGAAUUCGCCGAGUCUUCGGGAACGGCGGUACGGAUAGCAUCGUACAUCAACAACCUCCACCCGGUACAUUCUGAAGCAUAUGCUUCCCUUGAAAAGCUUAUCUCUUUGUCUAUAGCGCCUUGGAAUGACGUUUUGGUAAAAGGGUUUCGAGGUCGCACGCCCCGGCGGAUCUAUACGUACGGUGUCUCGGAUAGUGAAGUACCCCCAUGGGCAGAAUACCCACCGAAGGACCUACUGCCAGUUGUGUGGAAUCAAGAAAUCACUCGACGCGCUUGGUCGCCAGAAGAAUGGGAAGGCCAUUGUGACAAAGUGAAAGACUAUCUUCGGUUACCAGAUGUGGAUCCGAAAUAUCGCGUGUUCCCACCAGAGCCCGAUGAUCCACCCCAGGCCCAAGACCUUCUGAGUCUCAUGACACCUAAAUUACAGGCGAAGUGGAGACGACUUCAUCGGUUCUCAUACCCCGAGCCAGGUGUCUCCUAUACGUAUGAAGACUGGAAAGCGGGGAAGACUGCAAAUCCAAUCUUCGGCCCAUGGGAGUGUGAUAGUAAGUAUGACGUGCUUCAUAAUCAUGAUUACUACUUGGUGUCACUGGAGGAGCAAUUUCGGCAGCAGGGCUUACAGGUAAUUGUUCGGAUAUUCAGUAUCGACCUGACGGCGAAUGAGCCUCAUUAUCCCGGGGAUCAAGAAUUCCAUGUGGAUGGCAUGCUCAACGAGCAUAUUGUUGCCACUGCCCACUUCUGCUAUAGCUCGGAGAAUAUCACCGAAUCCCGCAUUUCGUACCAACAGAAUGAUAACUUGAGAUUGCAUGGUCACCAACCGGAUCCCUUGUGCAUCUACAAACUUUACGGUAUGCCUCCUUGCCCGGCAGUUGGCGAGGAGCCAAAGGCUCUGAACCUUCAAACACUGGGCUCGGUCGCAGUCACUAGCGGUCGACUUCUCGCUUGGUCUAAUACCUUGCGUUAUAAAAAGCAUCCUUUCUCCUUGCUUGAUCCAAGUCGCCCAGGACAUCAACGGUGCGUCGUCUUGUGGUUAGUUGAUCCCCAUUAUCGGAUCUGCUCGACUCGGAACGUACCCCCUCAGCAGCAUGACUGGUGGCGCAAUGCCAUACUAGCGAAAUCGACCUUGUUAUCGACCCUUCCCAAAGAAUUGGUGGAUAUGGUAAUGAACGAGACGGGGUAUUACCCAAUGCAUAUUUCCGAAGCCUUGGAGCACAAGAAAAGGUCGGACGAAGAGAGGGAGGAGGCUCAUCGGGCCCAGAUGUCGGGGUUCAAGAAUUAUCGGCUCUGUUCACUUAUGCUUGAGGCAGGUUGA